UCUGUGCUGAGCAGGCUUGGUUUGGACGUAUCUGGGGUCCCCAAAGAAAGAAAGCAAACCAGGGCCCCGGCUGCUGGGGUAAAGGCUCAAGAGUAGGUUACAAUCGUUCUGUUUUUGUGUGAGGACCUCUGUCACAACUUGCUAUAGAGCACAGGCCAUGAAAAGGAAUGACGUCAUUGACUUCAAGGCUUUGGAGAAAGAGCUGCAGGCUGCACUCACUGCUGAUGAGAAGUACAAACGGGAGAAUGCUGCCAAGUUACGGGCAGUGGAACAGAGGGUAGCUUCCUAUGAGGAGUUCAGGGGUAUUGUCCUUGCAUCACAUCUGAAGCCACUGGAGCGGAAGGACAAGAUAGGAGGAAAGAGGACUGUGCCCUGGAACUGUCAUACUAUUCAGGGAAGGCCAUCCCAGGACGAAGCCACUGAAAUCUCCCCGGAGGAAAUGCUCCUCCAGCCCAAGACCUCGGCCGAGUUCUACCGUGACUGGCGGCGAUACUUGCAAAGUGGGCCAGAGCGCUACGAGGCCCUGCUGCAGCUCGGGGGCCCAAAGCUGGGCCGCCUCUUCCAGAUAGACGUGGGGUUUGGACUUCUAGGGGAGAUGCUGGUGGCGCUGGCCGAUCACGUGAGGCCAGCUGACCGGUGGGUGGUCCUGGGGAUCCUGCGCAGUCUGGCCAGCACCGGCCGCUUCACCCUGAACCUGAGCCUGAUGAGCCCCGCAGAGAGACAGAGCUGCAGAGCCUUGUUUCAGAAGCUGCAGGCCAUGGGCGCCCCCAGCCCUGGGGGGCGGGGUCUGGGGGAGCAAACUGGUAGGCUUCCGGAGGAGGAGAGCCUCCUGCAAGAGCUGCUAAGGCUGUACCAAGUGGACUGAUGGGACCUGUUACCUUCAGAGGCCCCCAGUGGUCACUGGAGGCAUUUUUUGGUUGUUUUGAGGGCUCUGCAGGACUGUAAUGAGAAGCCCACACCUAAUACCCUUCUGGACUUGAAAUUUUCACAACAAAACCAGGAACUGAAUUUUCCCUUCUCCUCCAGCCUCUGGGGGGCGUGAUAUUCUGAACUGUGUAGAUUCACAAGAUGGUCACGGGCCCAAGAGGUUGAAAGAGUUUUGCUUCCCACCCUUAGGGUCUGCCAGUCUGCUAGCCCAUGGCCCUGAGAGAUAGGUGUGCACCCAACCAAACGCUGGUACCACCAGUUAUAGUCUUCACCCAAAAAAAGGAAAAAAGAAAAAUUGUUACUCUUCCGUGGUAAACAAAUACUGAUCUCCCUAGCUCUUAAAAAGAGAUAUUUGUAACUCAGAACUGAUGAAUG